CCACGUGGACUUUGCAAACUCCCCACUCCUCCGCUUGGCCCAGCUGAGGACUAAGGAGUUGGGGGGCUUAUAAUGGGCCGAUAUCCAGAGGACGGCCCAAAUGAACCAUUUAAACAACUUCGGGUCAAGCACCUGUGAAAUACUCAAGCUGGGCCGGCCCAAGGAGCUGGGCCUAGUUAACCUCAGGCCAAGCGCAGCUGGCAGAGUCAGGUUCAAGGCAUACUACUCCGUGAGAUUCCGGUUUAAAGUCUCGAACAAUGAGGCUGAAUAUGAGGCACUGCUUUGCGGCUUGAGGUUGGCAGCCUCAUUAAAAGCUGAGCGAAUCCAAGUCCGGUGCGAUUCCAAGCUAGUGGUAGGCCACGUCACUGGAGAAUUUGAGGCCAAGGAUGAACGAAUGAAGAAGUAUAGAGACACUGCCCUGGAGUUGCUGAAGGCAUUCAAGGCGUACCGGAUAGAGCAGGUUCCUCGGGAAGAGAACGCUGAGGCAGAUAUCUUGUCAAAGCUUGGUCCGGAUUCCCCGGAUCAUAUUAAGGCAAUGACCCAGGAAGAAGAGUUGCUCGAGCCAAGCAUCAGUCCCGGACAAGUGCUGAUCAUCACACUCAAAGAGGAGCCGGAUUGGAUUGAUGAGAUUACCAUGUACAUCCUUGAUGGGUCGCUACCUAUCGACCCAAUCGCGGAAAAGGUGGUGAAGCGACGUGCACCCAGCUACACGUUGGAGUGCAAUCGGCUGUAUAAGCGAUCGUACAAUGGUACAUUGUUGAGGUGCUUAAGAGCGGGCGAGGCACAGAAGUUAAUGGAGGAAAUCCAUGAGGGAAUAUGUUCAGCACAUCAGGGAGCCUUCACGAUGUCCAGGAAGGUGACCCUACAAGGAUACUUUUGGCCAACGAUUAUCAGAGAUUGCGCAGAGUACGUGCGCAAAUGCAAGGUUUGCCAGGAAUUCCAGAGGAUGCCAGGGCGACCGGCGACGAAUUAUACCCCGAUAAGCACAGCGAUUCCUUUUGCCUGGUGGGGCAUCGAUCUGGUCGGUAUUUUGCCUCGGGGGACAGGGAACAACACAUACCUGGUGGUCGCGAUUGACUACUUUACCAAGUGGGUCGAAGCCGCCCCCGUGCCAACCAUCACUGCGGAACAGAUGACGAAGUUCGUUUCCAAGCAAAUCUUGUGCCGAUUUGGGGUGCCCCAGCAGAUCAUCACUGACAACGGAACCCAAUUCGAGGCCGGAGGGUUCAAUGAGUUUCUACAGAGCUGGGGCAUAAAACACAGCUAUGCAGCGGUCGGGUACCCCCAAACCAAUGGGCAGGUUGAGAACACCAACCGUACCAUCAUGGAUGGCCUCAAGAAGAAGAUAAUGGAAUGCAAAACAAGGGCUCCAGCGGAGACCUCGUUGUUAAGUUAUAGAGUAGAGACGUUUGAUGCUCAAGGAAAUGAGGAGAACCUGAGGGCAGAGCUGCACCUCAUUGAUGAGCGAAGGGAAAGGGCAUAUAUGCGGGCAGAAAACUACCGCCGGCAGGUCAAGUCAUAUCACGACCAGCGGGUGCGACCAAGGCAGUUCAAGAUGGGCGACUGGGUCCUUCGGAAAAGGGAG